AUCCACACCCACCCCAACAUACACACACACACACCCACACACGACUCUCUUCCACCCCACCUUCCAGUCCCCUCCCUGGGCUGCCUUGGUCUUAUAAAUCAGACUAAUACAGACUUGUUGAUGUCAGUCUCAGGCUAAUAAAUGCCCCUCAACAGUUAACAAUGGAAUACAGAGCAGACGCCUAUUUGGAUCAGCAAGUUCCUUACACCAUUGCAAACAAAUUGCGCGACAGCGGAAUUUACGAACCAGCCCCUCAGACCAGGAAGCGAAGGCACCUCAACAAGGAACUCAGUCAGGAAUCAGAGGAUCUUUUUCACGAUCUUAGCCAACUGCAGGAGACUUGGCUCGCAGAAGCUCAGGUGCCAGACAGCGACGAACAGUUUGUGCCAGAUUACCACUGCGAAACGUUGGCUUUUCACAGUCCCACUCUGAAGAUCAAGAAGGAGCCACAGAGUCCCGGCUCUGACCCCAACCUGUCCUGUUGUCACAAACAGCCUUUCCGGUACAGCAAUGGGGAGCAAUGCCUUUAUGCCAGUGCCUACGAGAAGAAACCACAAGUGGGAAUCCACUCCCCCCUCCCGGGGACCCCUUCCAACCCCCCCUUACAGCAGGUCUGCAAUAAGCCCGGCCUCGACUCCAGACAUGACCAAGGCUUCAUGAACCUCCAAUCAACCCACCAGCCCAUGCCCAAUGUCAGAUUCCCAAUGGAACACAGGUCGCAGUUUCGACAACAGUCCGUGGAAAUGUGUCGUCCCUUCCCCUCCUCCCAAGGCUUGAACAGGGAGGGGGUCUCAGGGUAUCAGAGGCAGAUGUCAGAGCCUUGCUUGCCCUACCCACCACAAGGCUACAAGCAGGAAUACCACGACCCUGUGUAUGAGGAGAGGAACCCAGUCAACAACACCGGGGAUCAUCGCUUCUCACACACCAUGGUCAUCAAGCAGGAGCCCCCGGAUUAUGCCUACGACCCAGAUGUCCCAGGCUGUCCUUCUAUCUACAUGCCCAAUGAAGGUUACCCAGCCCCGUGCAGCAACCCCGAAGGCUUUUCGUACGAGAAGCAGCUCAGAUCGUAUUGCGACGAUGCCUCCGUGGUUCCUGACAAGUUCGAAGGUGACAUCAAACAGGAGCUGGGGGUGUACCGGGAGGGGCCCCUGUACCAGCGACGGGGAUCUCUGCAGCUCUGGCAGUUCCUGGUCGCUCUCCUCGAUGACCCGGCCAACUCUAAUUUCAUCGCCUGGACAGGACGGGGCAUGGAAUUCAAGCUCGUGGAGCCGGAGGAGGUUGCCCGACUUUGGGGAAUGCAGAAGAACAGACCGGCCAUGAACUACGAUAAGCUGAGCCGUUCGCUGCGCUACUAUUACGAGAAAGGAAUCAUGCAGAAGGUGGCCGGCGAGCGAUACGUGUACAAGUUCGUGUGCGAGCCAGAAGCCCUGUUCUCGCUGGCGUUCCCCGACAACCAGCGGCCGCUGUUGAAGUCGGAGUUUGACCGCCACGUGAACGAAGAAGACACGGUGCCCUUGUCCCACCUGGACCAGAGCGCCCCCUACAGGCCAGACCACAGUCGCGGCGGGGGCGGCGGCGGCUCCCAGCACUACACCAAAGGCUUCAUGUAG